AGUCAAAUGAUAUUUGACUAUUUGGAUCCACGAUGGAUGGAACGAAUGAAGCCAAAUGUGUACAAGAAACACGACGUUCAUAUGUUUAAAUGGCGCCACCCUUGUAAAUCAGACGAACCUUUUCGUUUUACUUUGAUGGGCAAAUUUUAGUCGUUUCUUUAAUUGUCCCUUGUCGCAAUAUGCUGCGACUUCUAAUCAUUCAUAUAAUUGGAAGAUAAGUUGAUCUGCAAGUUUUUUAAAAACUUUCGAAUCUUCAGAAAACUUUGGAAUAAAAUACGGACAUUCAUGAAGAACGAGGAGAAUGAUAGAAUCAUCAUAAUAGCAAGGUGUCCAGCAACUCCUCAGGAAAAUGGCUUAAAAAUGGGCACGAAAACCAUAAUAAUUUUACGCGAGUGGGCCACUAUGCGAAUACGACGUUUAGACAGUUCCACUGAAGGAAGCGCGCAUUCCAUUGAAAUUGACGAUUCCAUAGAAUAUGAAUAAAAAAUCCAUUGAAAUUGAAGAACAAUUGUUUGAAAUUUCGACAAGUGUUACGAUAAUCUCGAUUACGUGAACGAAACGAGAUUAAUUAUACGGUGAAGAUAGAAUGAGAGGGAAUGCUUAGAAAGGCAAACAGAGACAACACGAAAGAAGCACACAGAAAGGAAAAAAGAGGAAUAUUGAAAUCGAAAGGAACAGGAAAUGAAGAGGUUGUGCCAUCGGCCGAGCAUGAAAAUCACCCGACGCCUUCCAAUCCUUCUGAGGAUGAGCAGCAACCACUGGAGGUCGCGCCGGAAAAAGAAGAAAUCGUACCAGAGAAAGAGGAAAUCCCUGCAAAGAAGGAAGAAAUAGUUCCCGAAAGAAAAUGCGUGAAGGAAAUCGAAGUUUGUAGAAGAAAGCCGAGGCCAGUUCUUCGCGGUUGCUCGAGACAUUGCUUAGGUAACAAAAGGGACAUAGCCUGUCCAAGUUUCGCAUUAACUGUGUGCGCGCCGAGGAAAGAAAGAAAAAUGAUGGCAUAUAGGACGAAGAGGAGUAAAAAGAAGAUUCAACAUAUUUCGGAGCAAGUCAAGGAAAAAAAAAAAAAAACUUUCAUGAAAAAAAUAACAGAGAUGUGCAGGAAGAUAACCGUGAGGAAAGCGAUAGGAUUCAAAUGCGACCUGAGAGAAUGUCCGAGCACUCUGAUGGAAUGCAGUGUAACUUCGUGCACAAAACCUGAGAUGCUCUUCACCGAGUGUCAAAAAGUGCCAAAGGUAAUAAAGAGGACGAAAAAGAAGAAGGAAGAUGUCAGGGUGAUUUGUGUGCAAACCUGUGACAGAGGGACGGACAACGACUUAUUGAUAUUGGUGAAAGAUCAAGCUGUUGGAAUGUCCUGUAUAGACAAACAAACGAGUACUUGUUCGGGUAGUCGUUCAAUGAAUAUGGUGAAUAAACAAGUAGAAAAGAAAACGGAAAAAGAUAAUAAAAUAAAAGAAAGUAGCAGCCUAUACUUAUCCUACAAAGUUGAAGACAAGUUUAAGGUAAAAUAAGCGUGCAAAUUAGUGAAUCAAAUUGUCUAGACAGAAAUAAAAUCCUAUAGCUAAUUUGCCACAACCGAGCCACAUACCGCAAAAUUCACUUUAUUUAUACAACUUUAUCUAUAAAAAAAAAAAAAACUAGCUAAUAUUUAAUAUAUAAAUAUAUAAUAUAUAAUAUAUCUCUAUAUAAUUUAAAAACUGCGAGAAAAAGAAAAAAAAAACAAAUAAAUAAUAUGGACAUUAUCUGUCCAUGAGCAAAGAAUAA